AUGGCACCGUCGGUUAAGAAAUCUAAAGGUGAGAGCACAAGAAAACCAAAUUGGCUUGAACUUCCAAUAGAUUUGAUCAAAAACAUAUUGCAAAGACUUGAUAUAGUUGAAAUUUUAACAAUUGCAUGUUAUGUUUGUCCUCUGUGGUGGAACAUAUGCAAGGAUCCAUUAAUGUGGCGUAUCAUUCACAUUAGUAAUAUCGAACUUAUACCAUUGAACUUGUGUUGUUUGGAGAAAAUUAUUCGUCGUGCUGUUGAUCUAAGUUGCGGUCAUCUCGAAGAUAUUGCUAUUGAGUUAUUUUGUACCGAUGACCUCCUCAAAUAUAUCGCUCAUCGGGCAAGUAACCUAAGGCGAUUAAAAAUAGCAGACUGCAAUAAAAUUUCAACUAAAGGGUUGAUUGAAUUUGUGAAGAUGUUUUCAUUAUUAGAGGAGCUUCACAUUUCAUUUAAGCAUUUAUCUAAGAACUCUAUCGAAGUAAUUGGUCAAUUUUGUCCUCUUUUGAAGUCACUUAAUCUUGUGGCGCCGGAAUAUGCUCACUUUGAUUUUAAUGAUGAGGUAUUUGCUAUUGGAAAAACAAUGCCUGGACUACGCCAUCUUUCAUUUUCUAGAAUUGUGUUUAUGAAUGAUGAGUUGUUUUCCAUUCUUGAUGGUUGCCCUCUUGUUGAAAAUCUUGACUUGCAAUAUUGUCAUGUUCGUGAUUUGAGUCCAAGUAUGGAAAAAAGGUGCCGUGAGCAACUCAAAGAUUUUCGACUUCCAAAAAAUAAUAAAUUUAUGAAAUAUGGUAAUUAUUUCGACAAUGAUGAAGAUGAUUUUUAUUAUACGUCCAUUGAAGAUUAUCUAGAUGAUGAUUGGGAGAAAGAUUUUAAAUUUGCGGCUAGAAUGAAGUUGCAUCAAGAUUUUAACCAUCUAGGUCAGUAUUGUGUUCCAGAUUGGGCUAUCAAUUUGGGCUUACGACAUGAGGAUAUUACAAAUAUCAAUUUGAUUCUACUUUCACUUUAA